UAUAAGUACUAAUCACCUAUUCCUAAUUUAAAUCAUGAAUCUGAAAAGCAAUCCUAAAUAUGUGUGACAACAGUCCAACAUUAAUGUAAAUGACCAUUUGUCACAUAGUUCAGACCAAGAGUGUUCAACACUCCAACACCUAAUACUACUAUUUUCAGCAGAAACCUAUGAAUACCUAAUGCCUUUAAAUUUAGUUUCUUUUUCUUUUUAAAACUAAUGUGUCUAAAUUAAUGAUUACACUCUACUACUACUACUAUUUACAAAAUCUGGACUGGAUGAGGCUUAUUAAGGAGGAUUCCGGUGGUAGUUCUGAACAAGUCAUUGACUUAAUAUCUGCUGUUAAAGAAUUACAUGGGCAUAGUUCUCAGGAACUUGACAAAUUAUUGAGAGAGACUGAAAAUUUUGCAAUUCACUUCCUCACUGAAAAAGGAUCAAAUCUAAGGAUUGAUGUUGAAAAACUGGCAGAAUUGCUUCCUUUGCAUCUCAUUGCGGUGCUUAUAUCAUCUGAGAAAGAUGAAUCAUUAUUGAGAUAUUUACUAUUUGGUAUCCGGCUUUUGCAUUCUCUAUUUGACCUUGCACCUCGGCAUGCUAAACUCGAGCAGAUUUUACUUGAUGAUGUAAAAGUGUCGGAAAAAUUGUUGGAUCUGGUGUUUCAUGUGCUAAUUGUUCUUGGUAGUAUCAUGCAGGAAAAUCAUAAUUCAAGCUCUUUGUCCCUUCUGCACUCGGCAUUGGUAGCUUGCAGUAUGUAUCUAUUAACAGGAUGCAUUUCUUCACACUGGGAAGAUCUUGUUCAGGUGCUGCUUGCACACCCCAAGGUUGAUGUAUUUAUGGAUGCAGCUUUUGGAGCAGUGCAUGUAGCCAUCAGGUUUCUUCAGGUAAAGCUAUCAGCACAGUCUACGGAAUUUCACAUGAGAUCAAGACCGGCAGCUGAAGAAAUAAUUAAUUAUCUAUGCCAACAAUGCGAGGCUUCUAUACAGUUUCUUCAGUCAUUGUGCCAACAAAGAUCGUUUAGGGAGCGCUUACUGAGGAACAAGGAACUAUGUGUAAAGGGUGGUGUUCUCUUUCUGGUGCAGUCCAUAUUAAAGUUAAAUGUUACACCCGCUUUUAUAGAGUCUUCCACAGUUGUUGCUGCUGUAUCCAGACUCAAAGCUAAAGUACUAUCUAUUCUAUUGCAUCUGUGUGAAGAAGAAAGCAUCUCUUACCUUGAUGAGGUUGCAAGUUCUCCAGUAAGCUUUGAUUUGGCCAAGUCUGUUGCAUUGGAGGUCCUUGAAUUAUUAAACGUUGCACUUAGUAAAGAUCCCAAACAUCUUAGUGCUAAUUCUGGGAAAACAUUUCGCAUGGGGCUUCUGCGACUCAAUACGUUGCGUCUGGCUGAAAUUCUCUCAGUUGAUUCAAACUUCCGGUCUUACAUCACAACAUGCUUUACUAAGGUUCUGGAAGCCACAUUUUCACUUCCUCAUGGAGAGUUCUUAUCCAUUUGGUGUUCUUCUGAACUUCCACCAAGAGAAGAAGAUGCUGCUCUCGAGUUUGAUAUAUUUACAGCAGCUGGAUGGGUUUUGGACACAUUUUAUUCACUGCACUCAUCAAAUCUUUUAAAUUUAGAAAUUACUUUAAUCCCCAGUAACAUGCCCCAAGCUACCUAUGCUCAUCAGAGAACUUCAUUAUUUGUCAAAGUAAUAGCCAACCUUCAUUGUUUUGUCCCACAUAUUUGUGAAGAACAGGAAAAAGAUCUCUUCCUUCAUAAGUUCUUUGAGUGCAUGCGGAUGGAUCCAUCUGAAACUUCGUCUGAAUUUUCUUUUCCUGCUGAUGCUAACAAGGCCAACUCUAUUUGUAGGAAUCUACGUUCAUUACUAAGCUAUGCAGAAUCUCUGAUUCCUAACUUUCUGAAUGAGGAGGAUGUACAGCUCUUGAGGCUGUUCUUUAACCAAAUUCAGCUAUUGAUUAUUGCUGCUAUUUUCAACAAAGCCAAGUUCAGAAAUUAGAUAUUUCUCAUGCUAAGAAAAAGAGAAUGAAACGUAAAAGAAACGAUGUAGAAGCUGCUACAGAUAAUGAGAACUGGGCACUUAUAGUGAGGCCUGAUGAGCACCAGUUGUUGAAGGCUUGUG